CUCUGCGUGCGUAGAAGCGUGCUUUCUCUGCCUGGCCUGCCUACCACCGAAAAAGAUGGCGGCCUGUGCGUUACGUAGAGGUUUGCUGAGCACUUUCAGUAAAUAUAACAGUAAUAAACACGCACAUAGAAUUAUAAGUUUGGCUGACAGCAGAUUCGAAAUGUAUAGACCACAGUUGGAAUGCCGAGCGUGCGGAAUAUACGGAGGGGCUGAGCAGAGGAGGCUCAUGUCGUCACGGAACAGGCCUGAAGGGAAGAUUUUGGAGACAGUGGGAGUGUUUGAGGCUCUGAAGCAGCACGGCAAAUACGAGACGGGACAGCUUUUUCUCCACAGCGUCUUUGGCUAUCGAGGUAUUGUCUUGUUUCCAUGGCACGCCAGACUGUACGAUAGAGACAUCACACCACCUAUGUCUGACAGCAAACCUGAGCCUCCUGGUGCCCAUGGCUCAAAGGAAGUGAAGGGGAAGACUCACACUUACUACCAAGUUCUGAUUGAUACUAGAGACUGCCCUCACAUUUCUCAGAGAUCCCAGACGGAAGCGGUGACGUUUCUGGCCAAUCAUGACGACAGCCGAGCGCUGUACGCCAUCCCAGGUCUGGACUAUGUGAGCCACGAAGACAUCCUACCCUACAACUCUGCAGAGCAGAUCCCCAUCCAGCAUGAGCUGUUUGAACGCUUCCUCAUGUAUAACCCUGCCAAAUCUCCUACCUUCAUUGCCAGAGACACCCUAAAAGCAUGGCAGGAGAAGAAUCACCCUUGGUUGGAGCUCUCAGAUGUCCACAGGGAGACCACAGAGAAUAUUAGGGUCACAGUUAUCCCCUUCUAUAUGGGCAUGAGGGAAGGGCAGAACUCUCAUGUAUACUGGUGGCGAUACUGCAUCCGUUUGGAGAACAUGGGCAAUGAGGUGGUUCAGCUACGAGAGAGACACUGGAGGAUCUUCAGCCUGUCUGGAACCUUGGAGACUGUCCGAGGUCGCGGCGUGGUGGGCAGGGAGCCAGUGUUGUCUAAAGAGCAGCCAGCGUUUCAGUACAGCAGCCAUGUCUCUCUACAAGCCCCCAGUGGUCACAUGUGGGGAACAUUUCGUAUCGAGAGGACUGAUGGCUCCCAUUUCGAUGUUCGCAUUCCUCCAUUCUCCCUGGAGAGCAACAAAGAUGACAAAGCCCCUCCUGCAGGCUACACUUUUUAACUGCGAGUUGCCGCCCCACCGUAUCAUUACCUCUGCCUUCAGUAUCAGAAAAAUGAAUCGGGUUAAGGAAAGGAACUACAUAACAUUUUCUACAUCUUCCAAAUGCGCACCAACAUAUCUUCCUUGUUGAGUGCAUAGAUCUGGCUAAGUUGGAUGGAAAAAAACAGGGAUGCAUGGAUGAUGCAGAGCAAGUAUUGUUUGGCAUUAAAAAAACUGAAAUAUUGACCAUUGAAGCACAUCAGAUGUCUUCCCAAAGACAGCACCUAUAUUGACUUGGAUCUGGUGUUAUUGAAAAACUACUGUUCCAGUGUUUUGAUUUCUGUUUUCCCUGUUAAAAUUUCUUAACACGACUUUUCUAUUCAGCUAUUGCAAUUUUGAAAUAGAGAUGUUUGAACAAUUUGCAGGAUGUUUCACACUUAACAUUAUUUAACAGAAAAAAAACAUUACCAAAAGAAUUUUUUUUUUCUUUUCCCAGAUUGAUCUUAAUAUAUGGUCUUGCAAAUGUGUGAAACACAAUCUUCAAACUCUUCGGGGGGGCAGUGAAAUAAGCUAUGCACUCUGAAUGUGGCAGCGGUGGUCAACUUCUACAUUGAGUACAAAGCAGGGACCUAAAUAUGUGCACGGAUUUGAGAUGAGUCACACUCCGAUACAAUUUUUGUUUGAACGGAGUGCAAAUUCACCCUCUGUGAAUUACUGAAGUCUAAAAAGAGUGGAAAUUUUUACCUGUUGUGAAAAGAAGCAGUGUUGACGCUUUGGUUCUGUCUUUAACACCUGAAGUGCGCCAUAGAUGAAGUGAGCAAGGGGCAAUAAUGCUUCUCGCAGCAUGUGAGUGUAAAAUGGCGGUUUUCAUACUUGCAAAAAUACAGUGAUGUCUGCUGCUUGUAGACACAGAAGACCCCUAUAUGACUUUGACAGAGACUGAGUCGAAAUUCCCUAAGCAAUUGCGUUUUUUGAUAAGUGAUUUGAAACUUCUCUGGUUGGAAUACUGUAAAUAGGAAUGUAAUUAAAGGCAAAUAUGUUUUGAAAAUAUU